AUGCGGCCGUCGAGCAUUUCGCCCCCUGUCACGCCGCCCGCGCACCUGCGGCCAGAUGUGCGCGUCAACGAGGAGCGCAAGAACGAAAUCAACCAGCUGCUCGCCCCCGUGAACGAUGCGGAGAUAUCCGAGCUUAUGGAAGGGGCGAAAAGCAGCGUGUUCGGCACCGACGAGGGCGAGCGCUCGGAGCUCUCGCUGCAGCGAAGCCGCCGGGACGCCGCGCCCAAGGCCAAGCCCCUCCACAGCACGGUCUCCGUCACAGCGGCCGGGGAGCCGUUGCGGCCGAGAUCGCAAGGCGCUUUGCGUUCGAAGUCGGGCAAGUCGCGCAAGAGUGGCGCGGAGGCGGACGGCUCGGGGCACGGCAGGGAGCCCGGCGCAGGGCCCAGCAACAAGCGCUUCGUGGCGUGGGGGCAGCGGCAGGCGGAGACGCUGUCUCCGAUGGCGCGGCAGAUGGCGCACCACGCGACCGUGCGGAGGAAGGUCGGGGACCGCCGGAAGCUGGCGCGCUACACAGCGAAGCAGGAGGAGUACCAGCGCAUCAACGAGGCCAAGGAGCUCGAGGGCGAGCGGCUCAGGAUGGCGCGGACGCGGCGGCAGGAAGAGGCCUUCAACCAGCGGCUGCGGAGCGUGCUGGACGGCAUGACGGGGAAGAUGGGCCUGAUCAAGGAGACGCAGCGGGUGCUGGAGUUCACGGACAAGUCGCUGCAGACGCGGCGGGAGCAGCUGCACCAGGAGUGGGAGGAGGGCGUGCACAGCAGGGUGCAGAGCGCGGUCACGAAGGCCGUGAACGAGCGCUGGAGGCAGCGCGCGGAGAUCGACAUGCCGCUGUGGAAGACCAUGGAUCCGGUCCUGCUCGGGAAGCUCGCGGGCACGCUGAGCAAGGAGCAGCUCAGCUCCGUGCUGCCCAAGGGCAUCGCGCCGGCGCGCAGGGUCAGCAUGGGCGCGAUGCAGAAGGGGCGCAGCAUGGGGGGGACGUCGAACGCAGCCUUCACCAAGCAGGAGCACCUCGACGGGUCGCUGUUCACGGGGGAGCUCACGAAGGGCCUGCGCGUGCCCGUGCGGCUCCAGGACCCCACGAAGAAGUCGAUUGCGCGCGCGAUGCGCGAGACGUCGCUGAAGCAGGCGCUCGUGAACGGCAUCGUGAGCUCGCGGAUGGACGACGUCACCGCCGCAGCGUUGUUCGCGCACAUCGGCGUGAAGGACAUGCUGGACACAUCGUGGUGGGACAAGGUCCACGCGACGCCGUACGGGUACGAGCUGCCGGAGUCGGACCCGGCGAACUCGCGCAUCACGCGGUCCCGGGUCAAGGUCGACCACUUCGACGUCCCCACGGGCGAGGAGGGGCUCGCGCUGAUGCGCAAGGAGUACGACACAGGUGCCAUGAAGCGGCCGGUGGCGGUCCCGACGCGCAUGCGCGACACGACGUUCUUCGACGUGAUGCAGCAGCGCGACGCGAAGUUCACGCACGACCAGAUCCGCGACCGCGGCCACGGCGGCGGCGACCAGUGGCUCGAGUCCAAGGGCAAGCGCAACAUCACCGGGACGGAGGCCACGGCGGGGAGCCUCUUCCCGGUCAUCGCGCCGUCGCACACGCCCGUGGCGCAGAACCUCGCGGAGAAGCGCGCCGCGGAGCGCGGGCAGCCGCCGCCGGUGCGCCCGACGCAGCGCCGCGACCUGUGGUGCGACCGCAAGGGGCGCCGCGCCGUCGACGGGCCGGAGGUCAAGGACCUCCGGCGGGGGCUGUUCCCGAUCAUCCAGCCGCAGCGCCCGGGCGUGCGGAACCCCUACGACGACCGGUGCUCCAUGGGGGACUCGUUCCUGGAAACAAUAUGGCACCACGGAAAGCGGCUGACUGGUGAGCCUCCGUGCGUGGACCCGAACGACUCGGUGUGGGCGGCGUUCCACUCGCACGAGCCGGGGCAGGCAGCGAGCAGCCGGCGCCUGACGGUCCGCGCGAUGGCCAGCCUGGACCCUGACAACACGAACAUUCUCGUGUGCGGCGGAGGCGGCGUCGCGUUCGAGACUGCGAAGCUACUGAAGGACAUGGGCGCCUGGGUCUGGAUGAUGCAGCGCACCGAGGAGCGCAAGCCGGCGAUCGAGAAGAUGUUCGCCGUGUGGGUCAAGGGCGAUGCGAUGGACACGGCCGCGGUGUCGAAGGUGUUCGACCAAAUCGAGGGCCCCGACGUAGUUAUUUCGACCAUCGGUGGCGGCGUGACGACGGACCAGAAGGCGGACAGCGACGGCAACAUCAACGUCAUCAACGAGGCCAAGAAGCGCGGCGUCAAGAAGUUCAUCCUCGUCACUUCGAUCGGCGUGCGGGAGUCGUACGGCGCGCUGUCGGAGCGCGCGGCGGAGGUGCUCGGGCCCGUGCUGCUCGAGAAGGCCAAGGCGGAGGAGGCGCUGGAGAAGUCCGGGAUGGACUGGUGCAUCGUGCGGCCCGGCGGGCUGCAGUCGGAGAUGGCUACGGGCGGCGGGGUGCUGACGGAGAGCGCGGAGGUGUGCGGGGCGAUCACGCGGCAGGACGUGGCGAAGCUGGUCUGCAAGGCCACCUUCAGCGACAAGAGCGUCGGGAAGAUCCUCGCCGCCGUCGACACGGAAAAGCUCAUGACGCCCAACGUGGCCUUCUCGCCGUUCGAGCUCUAG